UCCCAGGAGGACUUUGGAGCUUGAAAGAGAAACCUGCUAUUUCUCCCCUUGCACUUUUGAAUUUCCAAAGCAGCUGCAGAAAGUGUCAGAGCCUAAAGAAGACAGACUUGCCAGGACUUAAGCAUCUCUACAUCAUGAACAAACAGCAGAGUGUGUCUGCUGUCACUGUCCCAAGUAAUGCCCAUGCCGUCCAGCCUACCUAUGCUGUGGCCUCUGGAAGCCAGGAGAAGCCUUUGGAAAUGACCGCUUAUCCGGCACCAGCAACCAUGCUCCAGCACAAUACAGGGAGUGCAAACUUACAGAACCCACUCAUUGUGAUCCAGAGCCCAGCAGGAAUGACAGGCCUGCAGGCCCAGCCCGCUGUGCCCCAGUAUCCAAUGGGAAUGGCUGGUGUGCAGGCUCCACCAGGAGUGAUCCAGUACUCACCAGAAAUAACAAGUGCCCAGGUCCUGCCUGAAGACCCUCAGAAUCCCCUGAACACUGUCCCGGGGCCAACACAGACCUCAAGCUAUCCCCAGUGGAACACGUCCUUUAUGUCCUUUCCUGAAUUUAAUCCCAAGAAAUUCAUUAACGAAGAAGUCAGAACAUUAGGGGCCAUCCAGAUCCUCAUUGGCCUGUUUCAUAUUGCCUCUGCAGCCAACCCUCAACUAUACGGGACCCGUACUGUGCUGGGGCUCUCAGGGUACCUGGUCUGGGGAGGACUGUCUUUUAUCAUCUCUGGAUCCCUCUCAGUCUGCGCUGAAAAGUGUGCCAACAGUUGCAUGGUGAACGCCAGCAUCGGCAUGAAUGUCGUCAGCUCCAUCUUUUCCCUUCUUGGUAUCAUCAUUAUCAUUUUGGAUCUGCGUUUUUCCAGCUCGCAAAAUGGUUCACUGAUGAGUUGUUUGAACGCGAUCUCUGGAGCUCUCUUCCCCUUCGUCCUCCUGGAAUUCAUCAUCACCUGUGUGGUCUCACAUUUUGGGUGCCAGGCUGUCUGCUGGGCCCAUUUUGAGAACAUAUCUGUGAUCUCACCUAUAUUCAGUAGCAACACUGUCAACACAACCAACGGACCAUUCAACUCGACCAAUGGACCAGUCAACACUACCAAUGGACCACUCAACACUACCAAUGGACCAGUCAACACUACCAAUGGACCAGUCAACACUACCAAUGGACCAGUCAACACUACCAAUGGACCAGUCAACACUACCAAUGGACCUGUCAAUACCACCAGCCCACACAGUGCCACCAACAUCCCAGUCCAGCUCAAUGUCCAGCCCACCAUCCCCAAUAAUGCUUUCCCUGAACACUCAUACAAAAAUGGAGCUGAUCUUGCCCAGAACUAGCUGAUGGAAUGCCCGCUUCACUGACACAGAAGUACCAAUGCAAGUAGCUUUGCUUCCACAUGAAACACCUGAGACCUUGACCAUGGCAUAACCACUAGGCCAAGAUAAACACCCAUACUUCCCCCUCUUCACUCUUAAGCUUUCCUUUUGUAUGUUAUUAACGCAAUUUUUAAUAAAUAAA